AUGCCACGGCCACGACCAUUGACACAUGUUCCACCAUACCAUCCAGACCAGCAAUUAACACCUAGAACACCUCACAGUGCCAGUGGGUCACGAACAAGUCGCGCAGAGCAAGGUUUUGCCAAACUCCAAAUUUCUGAGGCUGAAGCAAAUGAACUGGACUUCGACGACCAUCAUGACGCCGCGCUGCAAUCUGCACCACUCCUUGCCUCUUCUUCGACUGCCAGGUUCUCUGUACACCAUUCACGUGGGCGACGGAGCCCUAUCACGAAGGAGAACAGGGAAAGACGUGCGCGUACUUCCUCGGAGGUGCUUUCGUUGGCCGUCUCGCGGCUACCGCUGGCAUUGGGGAUAUUUCUCGCUGUGAUAUUGCUUAUCCUCAUCGUGCUGUCGUUCACGCGACCAGAAACUCUGCACAGAUAUGUCGUGAAAGGACCAUACCACUCCUCGUCUGCGGCAGCUGUGCCCACGAACACGCCAAUAGCACAACCGGCAUCAUCUCACACCCAUUCCGAAGCCAACACACACCUUUUAUCCUACGCAAAUUACACCACGUUUCCCCUUCACCCAGAUGAAUAUUUGGUGGAAUGUGCAAAGAUGCAUCAGGGGUACAUGGCCCACGGAGAUUAUUGGGAGAUCAGUCCCAUGGGCAUUAUGGACGUGCAACACCCAGAACAGGAUGAGAUCGACGCCAUUUGCUCAAGCACGAUCACUUAUAUGUUGGAUGGCACAGCGGGUCUGGCUGCGGAUUUGGCUCUCAUGGCACAAGCAGCGGCUCUAGCCCGCGAGCGUAACCGAACGUUCUUUGUUGACGAUACAUAUUGGAACCGAGGAAAAUGGACAGAUCACUUUGAAGAUGUAAGAGCCCAACAACUAGGUCCUCAGCCAGGAUGCCGCGCACCUCCACCAGAUGAGUUGGUUGCAUGUCCCCGAACGGCGAGACAUUGGGUUAUCAAUUCAAGAACUGCAAAGUUUCACUUCAGUCAUGCGUUUUCGAACCACUAUGAAGACCCCUUCGGUCAUGAGCUCAACAGAUUAAAGCCCAUCUUUGAGUCCGCCCUUCAUUCGUUCGGUUCGACGAUCAUUCCCAAUGCGAAGAACAUGGAACUCAUUCAUCUCGCCCGCACUGAACUGGCAUCCUUCAUUCGAGACAUAGACAGUCGGCUAGGCGUUUCAGGAAGCCCAUACCUAUCCGUACACAUCCGACGAGGCGACCGUAAAACUCUCUCAUACACCUUUCCGGAUCGCAAAAUACCACUCGAAGACUACCUGACUGCCCUGAAAUCGACGUGGUCACGUUUACAUCCUCAGGAAAAAGAUGCCUUCCCAGUGGUUUAUCUUGCGACUGAUUCACCGGAGGCCCAUCGACAGUUUUCGGAGAAGAAUGAAGGCGAGACCUUCUCCCUCCACGAAGCCGCCAACUCUCGUCUCCGCGAUCUAGCUAGUCCUGGGGAAUAUUACCAAAGCUGGUUCAACGACUUGGGAUUGCAAUCACGAAUAAUUGCCACUAGAGGCGUCGUUGUUGAUCUUGCCUUGAUCAGCGGAUUAUGGCCUGAGAGGAAUGUCCAUUCCCCUGAUGCAGUCAUAUGCGCGAUGAGUUCCACGAUAUGCACUCUCUCUGCUGUGGGUUUAGGAUGGGAUCGAGCCUUUGGAGAGAUAGAUAAAAUGGGAAACCCCGACAAGGAGGGCGAGCGUUGGGUCGAUGUCGACCAGAAAGGACGGAUUAUUCCUGUCUGGGCCGCGUUUCAACUUUUCUAG